UUUGCCACCAGCCACCAGUAUUUCAACGUCCCGGUUUCCUCGUUCAUAACAACUUGGCGAUAUUUUUAAAAAUUUUUACUACAGAAAUGGUUCAAGGAGAAAAAGACUUACUUUCGAUUAGCGCCGAUUCAGGUCUCGAAGUCCUCGACGACUCCGAGGAAGAGAAAUCGAGAAAAGGUAAAAAAGGGAAAAGGAGGUCCACGCGAGCCCGGAGCCCCACACAGGUUAUGCGCAUCAAACGUCACAGGAGGCUCAAGGCGAACGACAGGGAAAGAAACAGGAUGCACAUGUUGAACGAAGCCCUCGACAGGCUUAGAUGCGCGCUUCCGACUUUCCCCGAAGAUACGAAACUCACUAAGAUCGAAACAUUGAGAUUCGCCCAUAACUAUAUCUGGGCCCUGGGGCAGGCCCUGAACUCAGGAGGCACCGAGCAAGUGACAACGCUAACUCUGGGAAAUGUGACUGUGAGCAUCGGACAAAAUGGAAACAAAAUAACCUCUUCGACCGGAAGCUGCGCCCUCGCCCAGCAGAGGCGUUGCCCCGAAGCACCGGGCCCGUUCGAAUUCGAGCCGAUCGGUAAGUCCACGCCGUGUUACGAGACAAGCUCCAGCAUGGACUACAGCGAAAAACUAAGCCCCGUCUACGAAUUUUCGUCCUGCAGGCAACCCGAAUGGCUCACUGAGCAAGAACCCUGGAACCAGCCUUACUACCAACCAUAUGACUACGGAUACGAAAAAUACAACAAUACGAGGCACAUGUUUCCUUGUAUUUAAAUUUAUUUAAUUGUUUAAUUAUUAUUUUAUUUUGUUUUAUACGAAAGAAAAGAACUG